AUGAAGUCCUUCGCCAUCCUCGCCGCGGCCCUCCUGGGUUCUGCCGUGUCUGCCGCCCCGGUCGAGCCGCGUGUCGUCGCGCAGGAGUUUGACGUGACCGGGUUCAGCGCCGGCUGCGUCCCGCACGGCACCCAAUGCUCAAUCGGCUUCCAGGUCGCCAGCAACGAGACGCCGUUCCCGACGACGUGCACCUUCACGGGCGCGCCGCUGGGCGUCGGCUCGCUGCCCGACGUCGGCUUCACGGCGUGCGCGGACCCGUCCGUUGCCUGGUCGUUCCGCGCCGUGCCCGUCGGGUCCGGCGCCGCCCCCUUUUACGAGCUCGCCCUCGCCACGGCCGAGCAGAGCCUUGCGGCUGCCAAGUUCUUCCCCGCGUCCGACUUCCCGAUUGUCAACGACGGCUCGUCGUUCCACCAGACUUACACGGGCGCUGGCAGCUUUGUUGUUGCUUAA